AUGGAUUUGGUCGGUAAGCAGAGACUGGUAGAGAUUAAGUCAAGGAAUAAGAGCACGAAGUUCUCUAAAAGUUUAUUAGUGGAAAAAUUCGAACGUACUCCUUUUAAAGCUCGUUUCUCAUUAAUCAAGCCAAAGUCUCGAGUAUUUAGCAAUAUGAAGGGAGUUGAUCAGGGCUUUCAGGAGCUUCUACAGCAUGAUCACAUAUCUGCUCUUCGUGAGCUAGAUCUAUCUCUUCAUUACUGUGAAGACCAAUCAAUAGUUGUAACUCUUCCAAGUAAGAACAGGAUUUUUGAUAUCAAAAACAGGUUGAAGUGAAUAAGUAAGACUGUUCGGGACUGAAUAAAACGCUCUCACAAAGAUUUUUAG